AUGGCGGUGCUAUGGUGGGCGCUGUUAUGGUGCCAUCAUGCCCAGCGUUUUCUCCAUGCCAGCGAGGAUUUUCAGAGCCCUUCUUGGAAUAAUGCCAUUGACGAGUGGACACCGACUCCAACUCCCUCUCCUUCACCAACAUCUUUAUCUCCUCUGCCAACUCCCUCAGUUCCUGUGUCUGUUCUCUUUUUUCCAGACUCUUCCCCCACUCCGGUUUCAUAUUCCCUUCCAUUUCCCCCAUCUUCGACAUUACCAACCCAAACAACUCCAUUUGAGCCUUCCACGCCCUAUCCAGACCAGCCUGAUGAAGAAGGCAAAAAGGCAGCUGUACAGUUCCUACACUCUGGUGACCUUCUUUCGCUAUCAGAAGCCAACUGCUCAAGGAGAUUUGAGGUAACAGAUCUGCAGGGGUCUCCACCUGAGUCACUUCUCCAUCAUGUCAGAAGGCCACUGGACUAUUUAUUGCACGCUACCAACUUCCUUAACAUGAUAUUCCAAGCUAGUGACAUGCGAGAAUCCAGCAUAAGGGAGGAUAUGGAAUGGUAUCAUGCCUUGGUUCGAAGUCUGGCUGGAGGGGAUCAACAUAUACACAGGGCCAUGCUCUCCUUCACUGCAUACCCUAUGUCCUCCAAGCCCCAGCUGCUUCUUCAGGCCACUAAGGUUGGACAUGAAAUUCUGCUUCAGGAUCUCUCUUCAUCCCUUCAUCGUGUGAGACACAGGAUGGACAUUGGUAACUGGAGCACCUUUCAAGCCAACCCAUUUCUUACCAAAGUGAUUCUACUAAAUGACCUCCAGAGCCUAGAAACUCCAAAGUGGAGACGGGGUGACAGCUUUAUUAUGGACCCAAGCCAUGUUCAGUGGUCUAAACCCUUUCUGGAGUGUGAGGGUGGUCGAUUUGUACAAGGAUGGAUGGUCUCACUUGUCACGGCAUUUUAUGGACUGAAGCCUGAUCUGAGUCCAGAGUUUAAGGGAACACUACAUGUGGAUGUGCGACUAUUGAAUCUGGGGAUAGACCAGUGCUCCCAAGGGUCUACCUGGUUUGCCAACACUCACAGCUGUGAUGAGAACAGUACACAGUGCGUGUCGGAUGAAAGAGACGGCUCCAUCUUGGGCAGGUACCGAUGCGUGUGCCAGCCUGGUUAUUACAGGAGACAGCCUGAGGGUCCUGACAACUCUUACCUUGGGUCCACCUCCUGUCUACCUUGUACUAAGGGCUGUGCCACUUGUGUAGAUAGCUCACCUUGCAUGGUGAAAGAAGACUGGGCUCUGCGUGUUACUGUGUUGUCGUUACAAGCUACUGGGAUGUUGGGAGUCUUCUUAAGUAUGCUGGUGUCCUACAACUUCCGAGAGAGCAAAAGGAUUCGAGCCUCAGGUCUAAUCCUCCUGGAGACAAUCCUUUUCGGGUCACUGCUGCUCUACUUUCCAGUUUUUAUUGUGUUUUUUAAACCCAGUGUGUUCCGUUGCAUGGCUCUUCGGUGGUUCCGUCUACUUGGUUUCUGUACUGUAUAUGGGACCAUUAUACUAAAAUUGUACAGGGUACUGAAAGUUUUCCUAUCGAGGACUGCCCAGCGUGUGCCGUAUAUGACAAGUAUGCGAUUAUUACGUAUGUUGUGUAUCAUCUUGGCGGUUUGUAUCUGGUUCCUUGUGGCAUGGACUGUAGGGACACUGGAGAAUUUACAAAGAGGUGUUCCUGUGGUCAUCCGCACACAAACACAAGACGGGCUGAUCUUUUACACAUGUGAUUAUGAUCGCUGGGACUACAUGAUGUCUCUCGCUGAGUUGCUCUUCCUCUGUUGGGGCAAUUACCUGUGUUAUGGAGCUCGUACAGUGCCCUCUGCUUUUCAUGAGCCACGUUACAUGGGACUAGCCAUACACAAUGAGAUGCUUAUAUCAACUGCAUUCCAUAUUCUCAGGUUUGUUAUGGUCCCAUCACUUCAUCCGGACUGGACACUGCUUCUCUUCUUCAUUCACACACAUGGAACAGUCACAAUGACACUGACCUUGAUGUUUGUGCCCAAGUUCUUGCAUGCAGGAGGUCCUCCUAGAGAAGAGAUUGCGGAGGUGUAUGAAGAUGAACUGGACCUAAGACGGUCUCGAUCCAACUUAAAUAGCAGCAUCACAUCAGCCUGGAGUGAGCACAGCCUGGACCCUGAUGACAUCAGAGAUGAACUGAAGAAACUUUAUGCUCAGUUGGAAGUCCAUAAAACAAAGAAAAUGACUCUAAACAAUCCCCACUUGCAGAAGAAACGCAGCUCUCGAAGGGGACUUGGUCGGUCCAUUAUUCGACGUAUUGCUGAAAUCCCAGAUUCUGUUUCAAAGCAAAGUGGACGUGAAGAACGUGAAGGGUCACCAGGAUCUUCUAGUGGACAAAGGCGGCGCCAACAGGACAGUAGUAGUGUUAAAUUGCGUGAGGAGUCUUUGAGGCAGAGAGUUCUUUCCUUAAGAAAAUCACAAAGCACUUAUGACCACAUGCAAGAAUCCAAGGAUGCGGGAGCUACUUCUCCACGAAUGGAAAGCUCAGCACGGGAUGCCUCCUUGCGAGACUCCCUCAUGAGACGGAAUCUUGCUCGGAAUGUAUCACUACGUUCACGAGGAGAUUCUCUUCGUCAGGCCCCCUUGGUUUGUAAAUCUCUUAGUGCCCAUAAUCUACUAGCUGAUAAAAAGCCAUUAAGUGUACAGCCUGGGACUCUACAAAAAUCCCAUAGCAUGAUGGGAAGUGCUAGAGGAAAGGGACCACUUACAGACAUUCCAACAGAGCGAACACUGGAAGGAAGCCGAAACCCUUUAUUGGGUGGAAGCUUUGACAAAGCAGAAGUAUGUCCAUGGGAAGUUCAAGAGCUUCCAUCACAGUCUGAAAAUCGGUCACAGAAGCAUGUCACCUAUGCACCAGGGAAAUGCAGCAGCUUGGACAGCUCUCAUUCAUCAGGAAAGCCACAUGUUUCACGUGUAAAGAAGGGAGAGGUGGGAGGGAAGCAUCAUAGUUUAGAAAGUAGUGAACAGCCCAAGAGUCCAGAGGAGGGUCAUCGAUGUGGAAAACAAAAUGAAAAUGAAUGCUCUUCUCCUCUAACCAUUAGGCCUGGAACAGUUCAACAUGAAGAAACAGCAUCCAAAGGAAUGGGGUUAGAGACAACAGAAGCAGGGGUGAAUAAGACAGAAACAGUAGAAAUGAAAAGACCGCAAUACAAAAAUACCCUAAAAAGUUUAGUUCUUGCAGUCAGGGCAUUUAAAGGGACACCUAUGUUAAGAGAAAACAAGGAAAGGAUGACGCACGCUGUGGAGGAAACUGUAGAUACAAAUAAACAGUUGCAUGAAGAAGUUUGUCCAUGGGACACAGAAUCCAGUUAUACAGUGGACCAGAAACAAACCCCCCCAGAAUUCCACAUGGUGGAAAAUAAAGGGCUAAUUUGCUCUUCCUCACAGCCAGAUAAAAAUAUAGACGCCAAGAUUGAACAAGAGGAGAAAUACUCUUCUGCAAAAGCCUCCAAACAAUCGCCAUCAGCCAGCAGGUUAGAAAGAAUGAGCCAGCUAAGAGAGGCAGUUUGCCCUUGGGAAAGCAUGGAGGAUCCUAGGGACGCUCCACAAAAAUCCAAUAGUGUGGAAAGUAGAAGAAGUGAAAUAUGCCCAUGGGAGAGUACAGACAGUGAGGGUGCAGGCGGUCCACUUAGUCAGUCAGGUAGUAACCUUUCUUUUCAUAGCCUUUCAGUAGAAGGAAAAAAGGGUCGUAAUGAAAAUAUAUGGGAAGGUGAGGAGAAAAACGUAAAAAUAGAUAUCUGUCCUUGGGAAGUGAAAGAUAUAGGAAAAGCAAGAAAAGAUAUAUGUCCAUGGGAAGCAAAUGAUGAAGUAUUGCAAAUGGGAGGUUUGAGUGGUAGCAAACUUGCCUUAAAGCUUGAAGUACUUGGCAAGCAAAGAGAUGCAGUGUGUCCUUGGGAGAGUGAAGAAUCUGGAGGUUCUCCUGGUGUACUCAGCCAAUCACAGAGCAAGACAUUUGAUGGAUGUCCUGUUCAGUCUAAAACAUCAGAUAGUUUGGAUUUGGAAGCCAGAAGGGGAGAGAUAUGUCCUUGGGAAAGUCUAGAUUCCGAAGGAACUCCUGCAACUAUGAGUCAGUCACAGAGUCACAGCUGGGAACCACCUUCAAAGGCAAUGGAUGAACCAUCUACAUGGGAAUCCUCCCAGUCUAGCAGGCCUUCUAAGAGUCAGCUAAUGAAGUCACAAAGUCAAUUGUCAAUUGAGGAAUCUCGACCACUGAACAAAAUCAUGAGCAAGAGUGAGAGCCGUAUUGGUGACCUGUAUUCCUCCAAAACCAAUGCAAAGCAUGAUAGGCGCUAUCACUACUCACUGGUGGAAAAAAGUAAGAGGUGUUCUGAUGGGCAAGAGACCAGUGAGGGUAACACAGGAGAUACAAACAGAAAAAUCGCAGAGGCUACAGGGGUUGAGAAGUCAAACAAACUGGCAGAGAUUUGUCCCUGGGAGAUUCAUGAAGAACCUAUUGAAGGCAAUGAGACUGAAGUCCCAGACAACAAAGCUGAUGUUUGCCCUUGGGACUUUCAGUAAAAUUAAAGAGAACGUGUCCUAUGGCAGCUCUCAUGUAAAGAUAAAUAGUCUAGAAGGUUUUGAAUGUGAAAAUUACAAUAGGACAAAAUUGUAUGAGAGGUAGAAUUUAAAGAUGAGUGUGAUAAGACAGAAUUAAGCUUGUCAGUUUUCCUCAGAAAUAUGUGUGAGCAUAGGGGCAA